CCCUCCAGGUUCCUCUCCCUCAGCCUUUUCGCACUCCCUCCACUAUCACUUCGUGGUUAUGUCCGAGCCCGGCUUGGGGCGGCCCCAGUUCCUUCUCACGGCUCACUUGGAUGGUCAACUUUUUGCUUCCUACGACAAUGAGGGGAAGAACUGGGAGCCUCGGGAGCCCUGGAUGGAGGAGAUGAUCCAGGUGGACACCGAGUAUUUGGACUGGCUCAACCGAAAUGCCAGAAACACCGAGCACCUCCUGAAGUGGCAGAUCCGGACCGUGAUGAGUCGCUACAACCACAGCGGAGGGUUCCACACCCUCCAGUGGCUGUUCGGCUGUGAACUGAGCCAGGAUGGACUCAAGGCCGGGGUCAACAAGUUCAGCUACGACGGGAAGGAGGCCCUCAGCUUCGAUAAGGACACCCUGACCUGGACAGCCUACGAUCCUGUUGGCCAGGAGUACAAAAGGGAAUGGGAAUCCAAGCCGGGACGCACCCAGCGCUCGAAACACUACCUGGAAGAGAAAUGCAUAGGCAUGUUGCGCCAAUUCCUGAAAUUUGACAAGAAGGAGCUGCAGAGAAGAGUGGCUCCAGAUGUGAAGGUGGUUCACAAAAAGGGCCGUGAUGGUGCCGAGACCCUCGUCUGCCACAUUCACGGUUUCUACCCCAAGGCGAUUGAUGCCACGUGGAAGAAGAACGGGGAGGUGUUGGAAGCCGAGACCGUCCACGGGAAUGUGGUUCCUAACUCGGAUGGGACCUUCCACACCUGGCUCAGUAUUGAGAUUGACCCAGAGGAGCGGGACCAGUAUCAUUGCACCGUGGAGCACGACAGCCUGCUUGGGGAUCCUGACCCAGUUGUGGAGCAGCCUGGGAUCAGUCUGUGGGUGAUGGUUGGUGUGAUCCUCGGGCUCGUUCUCCUGGUUGUGCCUUUGAUCAUCAUCAUCAUCAUGAUCAUAAGACACCGACGAGAAAGGAGCCCUCCAGCCCCCAGUGAAGAAAUGCGGAGUAUAAAUCCACCCCGAAAGCGACGCCAUGUUUUGAUCCAACAGGAACACUAAGGACGCUUUGAAAGGCUCUCCGGGGACCCUGAAGUGAAACCUUAUUAGGCGGGAGUGGCGUGGCGAGUGCCAUCCUGCUGGCAUCCUCCCAGGACGCGCCAGGCAAACCCCAAACCGGUCCUUUGGAGUUGUGGACUUAACUGGCAUUUCCAGGAAGACGUAGUCAUCGUCCUCUGGAAAGUGUGGUUCUCUUGAACGAUAGAGAAGCUUUCCUCAUUCACGCAAAAGUAAGCAGUACAUAAGUGCAAUUAAAAAGGCACCGUUGGGUAAGGCCUUUAAGGAGCACCAAAUGCAUAUUGCAAAAGCCAGCCAUUGAGUCCUCGACAACUUUUUGUCGGACUUGCAAAACCUGGGCAGGAUGUGUGAGGAUAUGGGUUCUGUAGUACUUAUUUUCCAGAGUUUGCAGGUGUUCUGUCUGGGCCUGAGACCAAGAUCUUGCUGUGGAGAAAAAAAAACAAGGCCACAUCUGAAGACUGAAAAAUGAUGCCAUCACAAAGUAGACACUUCCAAGUUAUAGAAGGGGGAUAAGGUAUGUGGGUACACUGGAGGAGGAGAAAAAGAUGGACGACAGUUUAUAGCCUUCUUUGAUUGAUGAAGGAGAUUUAGCCAUGGUGAUUUAGAGCAGCCUAGCCAUUAAGUAGUAAAACGAUGAGCUAGUUCAUACUUUUAUUGUUUUAUGGGAAAGGCUUUUGGGAGUUGGCAUUUAAUCAGUACAAAUUGUCCUUUUUUGUAUUUCUUUUGUUUUAUAGUUUUUUUUUCCUUUUUAAACAUAUGUUUUAUCUGUUACCCAAUUGUGAUCCUUGGGGGAAAAGGUGAGAGUGGCUGAAGGAAGGGUCUUCGCCACAAGGGCUUUAUCUCCUAUUUUUGGUUCUUUGAGUGUCUAUCCUACUUAUUCAGGGUGAUGUGCAAGGUUCAAAGUUCACGGUUAAAGAUUUUUCAGCUUAACGAGGUGAGUCAACUGGAAAUCGAGGGAUAGAAGCCUGCCCAAAGUUGCCCAGUCACUCACCUUCUCAAUAUCACCCAGCCAGGAAUGGAAAGGUGUUGGGCGUUGGGAACGACAGUUUGGCUCCUUCCCUUAAUGGAAUGUCUUCUGUAAGGAGACGCAUUCCUGACAGGAAGGAGGAAGGAGGAAAGACAGUCCGAAGGCAAGCUGGCCGGCAGGGGGCUGCAAGCUGAAACAGAGAGCUUGAGCUGUAGCAUUGUGACAUUGUGUUUCUCAGGAAAUGGGGGAAUUUGCUGACGUUAUUUUACAGUAUCACUCAGAAGUUGUUUCCUCUCAUGCACAAGAUGGCUGUAAUUACAGGAGGCACAGUGAGGAUACUGACCACUACUUUUCGCUAAUAUAGACAGUGGUGCCACGCUUAACGAUGUUAAUUCGUUCCAGCAAAAUCGCUGUAGAGUGAAAAUGUUGUAAAGCAAAAUU